CUGUAAUUUUCUUUUCCUGAACUGUUUUGAUCCAUUGGAAUCGCUUUUUAUUGAGAUCUCGUAAUUCAAAGUUUAUUAUCAAUCAUUUUUAGACUUCAAAGUUUGAUGAAUUUGUUCACUGACUGCGGAAUUCUGGAAAUAACCUUGUCGCGUUUCAAAGCAGAAGGUCACAUGUCUUCAUGUUCGGAUGAGUUUGUUGAUGCCCAGGACUUCUCUCCAGGUUCACCGCCAGAAUCCUCUUCGGAUUUUAAAGAGGCUGUAAGCUUUGACAGGUUUUCGGACAAUAAUGGAGUCCAAGAAAAAUCACUUGAAGAUAGAAGAUUAGAAGAGGAAUCACUAACCGUUCAGGAAAUCGAGGAACGAAGGGAUAUUGCAGUUGCCACAAAAGACAGGGGAAAUGCUCUUUUUAAGUCUGGUUCUUUUAAUGAGGCUUUAAUGAAAUACACGGAAGCUCUUGACGUUUGCCCGUUGAAGUGUGCCGUUGAACGCUCUGUGAUUUAUGCCAAUAGGGCUGCAUGUCAUAUAAAAUUGGAUUCUCCCGAAGCAGCGAUCUUGGACUGUAAUGAAUCUUUGAACUUACAACCAGAUUACGCCAAAUGUUUGGAGCGACGUGCCACUUUGUUGGAAAGCAAGGACAGACUGUCAGAUGCACUUGAAGAUUAUAAAAGAAUUUUACAGUUAGACCCGAGUAAUCAAAAAGCUCGUCAUGCAUGCGCUACCCUUCCGGAGCGUAUUCAUAUUCAAAAUGAAAAAAUGAAGGAGGAAAUGUUUGGUCAAUUAAAGCAGUUAGGUAAUCUGAUCUUAAAACCUUUUGGUCUAUCAACUGACAAUUUCAAAGUACAAAAGAAUCCUGAAUCAGAAGGCUAUUCCAUAAAUUUUGUUCAAAAUACUGCACCCUCACCUUAGUGAGCACUUGUAAAAAAGUGAUUCCAUGGCUUUGUUUGUUUUCAAUCGGUAUAUUUUCCCUUUUCACGAGAUUUCAGUACAACAAUUGUUGCGACAUUUUAUUUCUGUAUUAUUUGUUUUUCCUUUUUUUAACUCCAUUUGUGAGGUGACUUAAGCGAAGUCACUCUACGUAUGAAUUUUUUGGCAAUUAAAGAGAUUCAAAAAAUUCAUAUAUGCUUACCAUUUAUGUAUAAGUGUCCACUUUAUACUUAAAUUGUAAUUCUUUAUUAAUUAAAUUAGCUUUUUUUUCUAGAAA